AUGCGGCUCUCUCAAGAACAAGCCGCAGAGCUGGCUAGCACAUCACUGCGAGCGGCCCAUGAAUGCUACGCGUUCUGUCGUUCUACGUGCUCAAAGGAGCUAUUUCGAGCAGACUUUCAGAUUGGCAGUGAUGGUCAGAUAGUAGAGAUUGACGAGACUAGUCUCGCCAAGAAGCAGAAGUACCACCGAGGGCGCCACUACGAGGAGUUUUGGCUCUUUGGCGGAGUGGAAAGAGGCCGCGGUCGGUGGUUUGUUAGGAUCGUACACAACAAGCGCACUAAAGCAACACUACUUCCUAUUCUAAAGCGCUUCGUCAAACCACGGCAAGAAAUUGAGACCCACAUUAUGUCCGACAUGUUUGCCACGUACGUCUGCCAGCGAGGGAGUACAUGGCACACGCUAGAGAACAACCGUUCUUUACGAAGCAUGAAGUAUUCGCAUUCUUGGGUUAAUCACUCUGAAAACUUUGUGGAUCCCUUGAGUGAUACUCAUACUAACACCAUUGAGGGUUUGUGGGAGACUAGGAUAAAGAGGCAUGUCAAAAGUAUGCGUGGAAUGCGCAAGGACCAUCUCGACUCGUACCUGGAUGAGUACAUGUGGCGGUCGUGGUUUUUCCCACCAAAACCGAGCGUAGGACAGUUUUUCACAGGACUCGUCCUGGCAAUUAUUAGAAAUGAAUAA